UUUAGAAGACUUUGGAAAAAACAAUAUUUGAACUGCUGGUACUAAUAAUAAGUACUCUGGAUGAGGUUGUUAUUGCGCCAGAGGAUCAUUUUCCUCAAAAUGCGACAAAUUUAGCGCUGUAAGUUAUCGGAGUACAAUUUCCCGUCUCUUUCUAAUAAGUAUGUAAAUGCAAGAUGGAUGAUCUCUUUACUUCGGCGUUAAACAGUAUACAUUACAUUUAUUUAUACCGCUCACUGACAAACACGCUCAUAACUAAGUCCGCAGGCUUAAAAUAGAGCAAAAAUAAUUAAUUAGAAUAAUGACCAAAAUGGAUGGUCGGUGUUUUGCUGCGAUAUUAUUUUUUGUCCAGUGGUUUAGCACACCUGGUUUUGCUCUUGACUGUAACUUGGCACAAAAGAAUACUUGUGACGAGUGCAUCAAAUGUGGCGGAAUUUGGUGCAAGGAUCCUAACGAGUCGCGUAAAUGUGUACCUUUAACUGGCGGAGGGGAUGAUUGGUGUCCUAACGACAUGGAAACCGUCCACGCGGACCUCGACUCUCGAGACGGCAUGGUGUUCCGGCCCCAGUAUGAGGAAGUGCUGGCUCAUAUUGAUUCUGGGAAAGUGACUACACUCAAAAUAAACGGAGAUACCACGGUGAAGAGCAGCAGAAACGUAUAUCGUAACAUUCUUAACACGACGCAAUCUGACAAAUCGAAAGUUAACGUAAAUAUUUAUAGAUAUCCGACUAAAAUUGAAGUGACAACAAAAAUUAGUCCAGGUUUUUGCUCGCCAAGUUCACAAAAGUUCGAGUAUGUGUUCGUGGAAGUUGGUAUGGGGGGUGUGGGGGAGAAGGCUGUGGUGAAGUAUGUGAUACCUUGCGGUUGUGGAUGCUCGGAGGAGGUGGAGACCAAGGCUCUGGCUUGUCAUGGGUUUGGAAGCCUGGUUUGCGGCAUGUGCCAGUGUGAUGAAGACAGACAUGGCAAGUUUUGUCAAUGCGGUCCAGUGUCUUCGUCGUGUGUUGGUCCCUCACGUUCUACACCUCAGUGCUCAGGCAAUGGCUACUGUGACGACUGCACAAUAUGCCGGUGCUUCACCGACAAAGAAGGAUCUCAGUACUUCGACCAACAAGACAACUGCAAGGACCUCGGCGCGACAGUCAGCCAUUUCCUUGACUGCCAGAAAAACAAACAAUUUUGUUUAUCCUGUGACCGUAAUGUAUUUUUCCGUAAAUGGAAUGAAACUUUGCUGAAUGAACAGUACGAUGCUAAUAGAAAAUUGUGGGUGGAUUUGGGGUCUACAUUGCCGGGAUAUUUCGGUUCUGUGAUUGAUUCUACUAUUCACGUUAUGCGAAAGCCAGAGUGCUAAAUUAUAUAUUGAUCCGCCAAAGCUGGUAUUAAGAGUUCGCAGCAAGCUAAGCCGAAUUUCAUUUUUUCAUACAAAUAGAGUUUUGUUAUCAUUUUAAAACUACGUGUUGGAUUGUAAUGAAACUUUGCAUUGUAUCUAUGACUGUAAAUAGUUUAUAUAGCCCCAGCUUAUAAAACAAACGAAAUAGAGCAAAAGCAAGUUUUGUAUAAAAAGCUUAAAAUCGCUGUAUUUUUUAGACUAUGUUAUCUGAAGCUACAUAAACUAAUUACAUGCAUACAUAUAUAUAUAUAUAUACCUUAACCUAUUGUAAUUUCAAAGAUUCAGAGCAAUCUAGCCAGUCGUUUUAAAAUGAGAGCCUAACUACUUCAGGAGGAGGAAACUAGAGUGUUCGGGCUUUCUCGGCUCCGUUCGGUUCAGCAUUGCUCCGAGCAAUUAUUAGGGUUGGCAAAACUCGACGUUCCUUUGCUUGCACAACCACAGAUAAUUACAUGAAUUUUGACAACCCUAAAUAUCCGAAAGGGUUCUAUAAAUUAGAAAGGGACAACAUGAUUCAGCCCUGAAUCGCUGUCAAACUUCGGUUUUGUAGCUAGUUUCCUGUCUGUGGGGUAGUAGAUACUAUUAUUUAUUCCAUCACUACGUUUGUAUGGAGAACCGAGCUUGCUGCGGACUCUGAAGAGUUGAAGACUGCCUUUCCACGAGGCGAAGAAGAGAAGAAUAAAUCAAUCAACCACUAAAGUCAAUGUGUUUACGCUCUAAUUUUCAGUCUGUGGAGCGGCGAGCUUCACCUGGGUGCUUAGCCAAGGUGCCAAUCGUUUACGAUCCGUAGCGUAGCGUAGUCAUCUCUCUAUCACUCUUCCAUAUUAGUGUGACAGUGACAGUUGCUAUGGAGCGUUAACGAUUGGCACGUUGGCUACUCACCCUGAUAUCCUGCCAUGUCCAGAGGUCUACCGCGAACAUCUAAAAUCGAAGUACCUCUUUAUCGAAUAUUGUAAGUGUGAUGGAGAUUUCGAUUUUUAAUGUUCCCUGGAACUAGCACACAAAAACCCCUUUCCUUAGGGGGUGUCCAUUAAUAAAGUUUUUGACUAUUUUUUGAUAGCGGCGGCAUUGUACAACGCAAAUGAAAUCAUCCAUCUUAUUCAUGCUAGCAGUGGUGAAUCAAUCGGAAGUAGUGUUAUCAUGCCUGUGUCACGAAGCCAAAAAAACAUUUUAAAAUAAAACCAUUUUAAUAAUGUUGAUAA